AUGACCUUGGCGAACGGAAUGUUUAUCAAAACGACGACAGUAUAAUAUUUACAGUGCAUGUACGCUUGAAUCUCAUUAAGCUAUCAGCGAAUUUGAAGAUUAAAGAUUCGUUGAAUAAUAAAUGCAAACGUGCAUGUGCAUACUACUUAUUCGUUGCCAGCCCCGUAAUGUCUCCGUUCUCAUGAAGAUAAGUGACUAUUCAAGCGGAAAUGUGAAGAAUAAUCAUGGCUUACCUUAACCAAACGGUUUUACAGAAUCAUUAAUCAUUGGCUUGACACCAUCCUGAUCCAAUCAAAAGAUGGUAGAGAAACUAGUUUGGGAGGACUAUUUGACCAUCGGGAUCUACUUUGCUGUCGUUCUUGCUGUUGGAAUAGGCUCAUCAUGCCGCCCAAACCGAGGAAGCGCCGCUGGGUAUUUUCUGGCGGGGAAAAACAUGCACUGGAUUCCGAUUGGCGCUUCCAUUUACGCGAGCAAUAUUGGAGCCCCCAUGUUCAUCGGUUUGGCCGGCACAGCGGCGGCAAUGGGCUUCUCAGUCACCAUCUACGAAUGGCAUGCUGUUUACUUCUUGAUUUUACUCGGAUGGGUGUUUGUUCCGGUCUAUGUCGCUUGUGGGGCAUAUACCAUGCCAGAAUACCUGAAGAAGCGUCUUGGCGGAAGGCGAAUACGUCUGUACUCGUCCGUUCUGUCCUUGGUCGAGUAUAUCUUGCACAACAUCUCAGCUGAAAUCUACUCCGGGGCAAUCUUCAUGCAGGCGCUUUUGGGUUGGAAUAUAUACCUCUGUGUGAUUGUGAUCCUAGCUGUCACGGCCGUGUACACAAUCGCAGGUGGUCUAGCAUCGGUCAUUUACACAGACACGCUUCAAACAGUUGUUCUCAUCGUAGGAGCAACGGUAGUUACGACAAUGUCUCUCAUCGAUGUUGGGGGCUGGGAAGGACUGAUGACUAAGUAUCCAUUGGCUGCCACAAAUUAUACAUUGGCCAAUCAAUCGUUCUACGAGUGUGGUAUGCCCCGUGAUGACGCCUUCCAUAUCUGGAGGAGCGCGACGACUGGAGACAUACCCUGGCCCGGGGCUCUGAUUGGGUUAACUACGUUGGGGUUGUUUACAUGGUGUCAAGACCAGGUUAUAGUACAGCGAUGUUUGUCCGCAAAAAACCUCGGUCAUGCCAAAGCCGGGUCUGUUUUAGCUGCUUUUCUAAAGUUGUUCGGAUUUCUGCUAUUUGUCAUCCCGGGAAUGAUAAGCAGGAUCAACUACACCGAUGAUAUAGCAUGCGCAAGCCCGGAGAAGUGUUUCGAUUUUUGUGGAAAUAAAGCAGGGUGCAGCAAUUUAGCCUACCCUUUGUUGGUGUUGCGGCUUCUUCCUGCAGGUAUUCGAGGCUUAAUGCUGGCAGCCUUACUUGCAGCUUUAAUGAGUUCAUUGACAUCCAUUUUCAACAGCGCAAGCUCUAUAGUUACGUUAGAUAUUUGGAGGCAGUUUCGCCGGAAGGCGUCCGAGAGUGAACUGAUGGUUGUCGGACGUUUAACGAUCCUGGUUCUGAUAGGUGUGUCUAUUCUCUGGUUGCCCAUUCUGCAGCAGUCACAGGGCGGCAUCCUCUGGUUCUACCUGCAAGCUGUCAAGUCCUACCUUGUUGUGCCUUGGUGCAUGCUUUUCCUGCUUGCUUUCUUCUGGAAGAGACUCACUGAACAGGGAGCAUUUUGGGGCCUGAUGGUCGGCUUGGUUGUUGGGUUAAUACGGAUGGGUCUGGACUUUGCCAUUAGAGCACCGUACUGUGGAAGUGGAGAAACGGACGAAAGGUUUUCCAUCGUUGCAAAGGUAGACUUUCUUCACUUUGCCAUUAUUCUUGCCGGGGUGUCUACUAUUGCCAUGGUCGUUGUUAGUUUGUUUACACAACCAAGACCAGAAAAUAAGCUAUUCCGAGUCACCUGGUGGACACGCCAUGCCGUCCCGGAACCGGAACUAACAGACGACGAAAACGAGACAGAAGCUACACAUCCAGGCCAGAUGGAAAUACAGGAACCGACACAAAACGAUGAAGCAUCAUCGAGGUUCUCUUGUACAAACUUGAGCCGAUACAUGCGCAACUGGCUAUGCGGAACGAGCGAUCAACCGGAAAAAUACAUCUCACCUGAGGAGAAGGCGGAAAUUCGCCGGAAGCUGACGUCAUUAGAACACAACUCUAAAUGGGGCAGAGUGUUAAACGUUUCAGCUGUUGCCUUGGCUACGGCUACUGCUUUCCUUUUGGGUUACUUCGGAUAAACGUUUGGAUAGAACUCCCUGGAUAAGCUGAAAACAUAUCGCAUUAAAAUAAUUCAUAUCAUAUUUACCAUUACGUAAAAUUUGUUGUCUACGCAAAAACUGUUUGGAUUGAUAAAUUGUAGUAUUAGAUGUAUUAACUGUAUUUUGUAUCAUUAAUCAUGCAUAUGAAUACAAUGUAAAUUGAACAA